AUGAUCGUCCAUGUACAGUCUGCCCGACCAAUCUUUCUAGACCGGGGGAUGUUCUUACUCCUAGUUUUGGCUUCCCUAGCUCUCCGUUUAACGGAAGCAAUAGAUACCAUCAAAUCAGAAACUAUCCACCUAUCUAACGAGCAUGAGACGACGUUCUCCACUUCAAAUUUCAUCGGAAUCAACUCCGAGACCGAUGGAUCUGAUGGAACUGAAAAUGGCACAUACGUUGUGACCCUUGAAUCAAAUCGCAUAUCAAUGGACACAGGUAUCGCUACGGGCACAAUUAGCAUAGGAGAAAGUACGAGCAACCCAUUAAUUUCUUCGCUACAAGAUUCCACUGCUAAUGUGGAAGAAGGAAUCCAGAAGAUGUCAUACGACAAUGACACGGCUGGCUUUCCAGAAGACAUGCCCGAAAAUUCGACGGACGAGUGCCGGUUCAUGUCGUUCGAGGAGUGGAAAAAGCAAAAGGAAGAGGAAGCUCUGUAUCUCGAACUAUCGCAAUCUGUCACUGAAACACGCCUGUCUAUGCCCAAUGACUUGGAACUUAGAACACAAACAGAGAAAGCAGAAGAAUCGAAAGCAGAAGAAGUUGACCAGCGGAAAAUUUACAAAGACAAAUUCAAUUACGCUUCGGUGGAUUGUGCAGCCACCAUCGUCGAGACAAAUCGUGAUGCCAAAGGAGCUCUGGCCAUUCUUACGGAGGUAAAAGACUCAUAUCUUCUCAAUAAGUGCUCAACAUCCAACAAGUUUGUUGUGAUUGAGCUCUGCCAGGAUAUCUUAGUUACCUCUGUAGUCAUGGGCAACUUUGAACUCUUUAGUUCAAUGUUCAAAUCAUUGCGGUUUUCUGUAUCUGACAGGUUCCCUGUCACUAGCGGUUGGAGAGAAUUAGGAGAAUUCGAAGCCCAAAAUGUCCGUGACGUUCAAGUAUUCCCCAUUGAAAAUCCUCUCAUCUGGGCCCGCUAUUUGAAAAUCGAGAUCCAAAGUCAUUACGGCGAUGAGUUCUAUUGUCCAAUUUCCAUCGUCAGAGUUCACGGCACUACGAUGAUGGAAGAAUUCAAAGACACAGAACAAUCUUCAGAAAAAGACGAGAAGCAACACUUAGCUCCAAAGAAAACUAUUGUUGCUGAGAACUUCCUCAAUUACACUACAGACCUCGACACUAUGGAUGAUUGUCGUGUAGUCCUCCCGUAUUUGGCACUAAACGAGUUUUUGAAGGAUCAAAACUCAACCGAUGGCUUGUGCGAAGCUCCUCUCUACUCCAACGAAGAAUCAACUUCCGUUGCUGAGGCUAGCGCAACAAAGACAACGCAAGAGUCUCUUUUCCGAAAUAUUGUCAAACGCUUGACGUUGUUGGAAUCCAAUGCAUCCCUUUCUCUUUUGUACGUAGAAGAGCAGAGCAAAUUACUAUCUGAUGCUUUUACUACGAUGGAGAGACGGCAGUCUUCCCGGCUCGAAAAUGUCCUUUCGAGACUUAACCAAUCCUUUGUGGCGCAAGUUCAUUAUUUGCACGAGAACUUAGCGCAAAUCAAACAAGAGUCAAUCUUGACUAUUGAAAAUCUGCAGACUUGGAUAAACACCGCCAUUGAUGGGUUGGAUGUCAGAACAUCACAGUUUACUCGUGAGUUACGAUUUCAGAGGAAAAUCAUCAUCAUUGACACAUUGAUCAUAUUGUUAUUAGUUGCGUAUGUGAUCAUGUCGCGAGAACUUUUCUUCACAGAGGAUGCAAACCUAAUAGAUUCUACUGGGUCGAAGUCAACCCCCAGACUUAAGCAGUUCCCGGUACAUGGGCAAAAACGAAAGCAUCGCAGCAAGAAGAGAAGCAGCAAGUUCCUGUGA